AUGGGCACCAGUUUCCAGUUUUACGAUUUCUACGUUGACGAUUUCCUUUCGGGUGCUGAUGACGUAGAAUCUGCAAUUGAAGUGAGGCAACAAGUGACGUCGAUGCUGAAAGCUGCAGGCUUAGCUGUUCAACCGCUGCAUGAACUUCAGGACGAGCAGGCUGUUUCGACUCUGAGUCUCGUGUGGGAGCCGAGAACCGACGCGAUACGGUUCAAAGUCCAGCUACCUCCACCGGCCGUAGUCCUGACAAAGCGAAAAGUGAUGUCUUACAUCGCGCAAAUCUUUGAUCCACUUGGUCUUGUGGGUCCUACAAUUGUGAUGGAAAAACUAUUCAUGCAGCGUUUAUGGGCACUGAAGCAGAAUGGGGAGGCCUGUGUAUGGGAUACAGCACUCUCAACCAUGCUACAGGAGGAGUUUCAUAACACUCUACAUUUAUUAAGCGAAGUUCGUGUCCCACGAUUUGUUUCGCUUCCAAACGCCGUCAAUCUCCAACUCCACUUCUUCGCUGACGCCUCUCAAGGAGCUUACGGAUCCUGUUGCUACGUACGAGCAGAAACCAGUGGCGGAGUAUCUGUUCAGCUACUGACGACAAAAUCAAAGGUCACGCCGUUAUCCAGUCGACAUUCCAUCGCUCGGCUGGAGCUCUGUGCUGCACGACUAUCAACGCAGCUAUUCGAGAAGGUGGUUUUCGCCUUGAAGAUGUCACCACCGGCUUAUUUUUGGACGGACUCCACUAUCGUUCUGCAUUGGCUACGAUCUCCUCCGAACCGUUGGAAGGCUUUCGUAGCAAACCGAGUGUCACAAAUCCAGCACUGUACCGAUAUCAGUCACUGGAAGCACGUAUCCGGUCUCGACAACCCCGCUGACGAUAUUUCACGUGGGCUCAGCCCCGUCGACAUGCUACAAUGCAAGCGCUGGUGGAACGACCCAAUCUGGUUAUCACUCGAUUCAGAUCACUGGCCGAAUCUCAUUCCCACCGACGAAGUAGCAGAUACUACUGCCGAAGAACGCAAUGUGCAACACGUUGCAUUGAGCGUCAUUCAGAACGAUUUCCCCGACAAUCUGUUCGCACGUUACUCCAGUUUCUCCAAGCUUCGUCGCGUUACUGCAUUCUGUUUACGAUACCUGCAAUCCUUGCGAGCACGCGCAGUACUGCGCCGAACGGACGCAGACAGCUACCACCAACUCAGUAUUCGCAACGAAACCGUUUCUCCAGUCUCCACCGACGAAUUGCAACGUGCUGAACUUCAUUUGUGUCGGCUAGCUCAACAACAGUCAAUUCCUGCAGAGAUCUCUCACCUAUCGAGCGGUGAACCAGUCAUCAAAUCAUCCGCCAUGAAGUGGCUGAAGCCAUACAUCGACGAAGAUCGUAUUAUUCGCGUCGGUGGCCGACUGUGGAACGCCACACUCUCCGAUUACGUCAAGCAUCCUAUCGUACUCUCUGCCAAACACCAGCUAUCGACUCUGCUGGCUAUUAACGAAAGCUUUCCGGUACCUGCCAGUUGCAUGAAUGUCUUGUGUAGCAUGUACAAUGGAUACAUUGUGCACAAAGAGACGAAAAUGCUGAAGCAUCUUAGGCCGCAUCGAGAAUCGAGCUCGCAACCUCCAACCUUGCUUCGGUCCGGUUCGGUGCGGUGGUCCGAUGGAAGUAACCACGCCAAAGCGAUAGCCAAACAGGACACGACGACGAUGGGGGUGUGCUUGUUGUAA